AAAAGACCGACCAGAUCAGGACGGACAGUGAAGACGACCCUGACCGAACCAAUAUACAACAAUCUUGAUUACAACGCAGAUCUACUCAAACCGCCACGACGAUGCUGACACCCCGGAUACACAGAGACGAAACCAAUCAGGAACCCGGAUAUCUUGCGAGGAACGACGCACCGAACGAGGCGUGCGUGGCUGCUCCUCCUGGACACAUCCGCUUCGGGAACCCGGAUAUCUUGCGAGGAACGACGCACCGAACGAGGCGUGCGUGGCUGCUCCUCCUGGACACAUCCGCUUCGGGAACCCGGAUAUCUUGCGAGGAACGACGCACCGAACGAGGCGUGCGUGGCUGCUCCUCCUGGACACAUCCGCUUCAGGAACCCGGAUGUCCUGCGAGGAACGACGCACCGAACGAGGCGUGCGUGGCUGCUUCUCCUGGACCCAUCCGCUUCAGGAACCCGGAUAUCCUGCGAGGAACGACGCACCGAACGAGGCGUGCGUGGCCGCUUCUCCUGGACACAUCCGCUUCCGGGACCCGGACAUCCUUCGAAGAACGACGCACCAAACGAAGCGGGCGUGGCUGUUCCUUCAAGGGCAAACCGCAACCGUGAUUGUACCGAAGGGACCAACCAAGGCCGACAUUUUGGAGAUUCUCAUUAACUCAUCGAAUGCGAGAGACCCCCGCCGUCGGAGAACUACGACAAAAGCCAGGCAGGAGCCCCCAGUCGACUGGGAGAUCAUCGAGGAACUGAUUCUUCGCCCCACUCCACGAGAAUUCCAAGUCCACCCAGAGGUCCUCAGCUGGGAAAAUUUAUGCGGCGACGUCGUAAGCUGGCCCCGCAUCGACCAGAUCAUCGAGGGGCACGAUUCAGACCCCGAUCACGUCAAUAUUACAGGAGACGUGGCCCAGACGUACAGGGACCCAAGCCCUGGCAACGCCGCCAGAGCCACGUUCACCCAUGCUCAGGGCCCCAGCCAGGUCAACCCCGACCAGGUCGCCGAAGAGCACGCGCAGGGCCCUGGACACGCCACCGUAGGAGAAGCAGCCGACUACACCGCUCCGGGUCCGAGCCCCGACGAGGGGGCAGAGGCCAUCACUAUCCCUGACGGGCUGCCAGGUGCCACCGCACGCGGAUACCGCCAGCAAUUCGAGCCGACGGAGUUCGAAAAAGAGGUGCUCCGCUGGGAAGAGCCACCGCUUCCGGCACUCUUCGGGGCCCUUGAUACGCUCAACCUUCUCGAACGGAUAGACGGGUUGGACAUCGCCCCCGAAGAUGCAGGACUACCGGCCGUCAGCAAUUUUGACGCCAUCCUGCGUCCCGAGGACAUCGCCCCCGAAGAUGCAGGACUACCGGCCGUCAGCAACUUUGACGCCAUCCUGCGUCCCGAAGACAUCGCCACCGAAGACGCAGAGCUACCGGACGCCUGCGAUCUGGACGCCAUCCUACAUCCCGAAGGCGGCCGUCCGGAGAUACCAGAAACGUCGACCCCCAACCCAGCCGUUCGUUGGGUGACUGGGGAGGCGGAUUGGAGAGUACGUACGCCCGACGGCCGGCUGCCAGACACCCUGAAAGCCCGGCUCCUGGCACAACUCGUCAACCCGCGGCGUAAAGAUGUCCGAUUCUUGGCAGAGGCGGACAACACCUUCUUCCAGGUCCACAUCAGCAAGACGAGCAAAGUGACUAUUCGCUCACGGGCCCCCCGAAGUAAGGAGAGGGUGUGAGGACCCAUACUGGGACCCUCACAUAGUAACAAGAAUAAUAAUAAUAAUAUUAAUAAUUGGAUUACUCACAACCAUAUGCUAUAGUAGUAAAUAAGCUAGUUAUGUUUUGCAUAGCCGAAAUCCCGCCAAACGGCCAGCUCACACGGAACAACCGCAAAGAAGACGGCGAGGAGAGAGAGCCAUGCUCAGCCGGCAGCAGAGCGGAUCUCUUUCGGAAAAGUCCCGUUGGCCCGAAAACGAGCGCGAGGCGUGGCGAGAACGUCGAGCGACCGUAGCGAGAGAGGGAGUCGAUUCUGGGAAGUGAGCGAAGACGGAACGUCGCGGACAUCGAAGUGAAGAGAAAAAAAAGUGUUGAACGGCCGCGCGCCAGAGAGGAGAGAAAAGCAUGGAGGAGCUGCGGGAACACAGGCGCCGGAUCCGCGGGUGAGCUGGCCGCUGGCCAAGGUAGUAGUAGGAGUAGGAGGGAGUGCGAGGGGAACCAAUCCAAUAAAACUUCGAUCAUAGAAUUAAGAACGCGUUGGCUUCCAUUUAUUU